CGUAGUUACGUUAGAUAGUUUUAUAGCAUCAUUGCACCUGGACGACCAUCAUCAGCAAUUCUAGGUUUAACGUAAACGGACUCUUCUAGCUGUAAAACGCGUCGUUGAAAUAUAUGGGAGAGGUUCAAAAGGAACAUUUUAGCAAUUGCGUCACGUUUGAUAAGUCGUCUUAGUUAUUAGCUAUUGAACGUCAUAACAGCGAAAGGCUAAUGACAGCAGGCUAACGUGCUAGCAGUAAGCGUGCGUCGUCACAAGCUUAUUUUCUGUAGUUGGAUAAUUUACGUUAAGCACUUAAGCCAUGUCAGUGGCAUCGUGAGACUCAUUACAAACAAUUAUGAUAAGCGACAUAUGAAAGUGACGUAAGUAGCUCCGUUAAACGACCAGCGUGAGAGUGGAGACAUGAACACACCGCUCGGUAGGAACGGGUUGAUCGGGCUAGCUGUCGGAGCUACAGCCGGUUUGGGCUUGAUUGCCUUCAUCAUUUACAAAGAGAUCAGCAAGAGAAGAUGCCAGAGACUGCUGCUGGAGGCCAGGCCAGCUCCCUGUCUGUAUGACGGGGCGGAUGGAGCCGCGCUGCUGCGGGACACGCUGGAUGCACAGGAGGCGGAGGCCCAGCAGCAGGCUCUGGCGGCGGUGGAGGCCGUGGUCCAGGGCCUGUCCCCAGAGCAGCAGCUGGAGCUCAGGAACCAGCUGGACCAGGUGCUGACCUGCGUGUCCUCACUGCGCUCAGAGGUGGCUGAGCUGAGGGGCGGCCUGCAGGACAUCGCCCUGCAGAUCAUCCAGGAUGUCAAAAAGGGUGUGGAGGACAGCCAGCGGAUACGCCGGCGGCGUCACAUCCAUCGAGACCGCACCGACUCUACCAGCUCCAGCUCCAUCUACUUCACUGCCAGCCAGGGAGUGGCCAGCACGUAUGAAGAGACCAGCGAAGGAGGGUACUCCACAGCCUACGCUGAGUCAGACUACACUGAUCGUGACACUGACAGAGAGGAAGGCGAGAGAGAGCCCGAACAAGAGUCUGAGGAAGAGGAAGACAAGAGCUGCGCCACUGUCCUCACCCUCCGCCAAGAAGACUCCCAGGACGAGGAAGUGGAGGAAGAGGAGAGGGGGCUGGAGGAGGAUGAGGAGGAGGAAGAGGAGGGCAGGCUGCAGCUGGUGACUGAAUUUCCCAGUGGGGAGCUGGCUCUCCUCCUGGCACAGAGCGACAUCCUCCACACCGGAGACGCCAGUUUAAAAGCAGAGGGCUUCCGGCUGCUGCUGGACAACAGAGCAGAGUACGGAGACAGCAGAGAGUUUCUAUGGCGACUGGCUCGGGCCUACAGUGAUAUGCAUGAGUCUGCGAAAGACAAACAAGAGAAGAAGACAUAUGCACAACAAGGUCGAGAGGAGGCAGAGCAGGCCCUGAAGAAGAACGGCCUCAACGCAGAGUGUCACAAAUGGUUUGCUGUGCUGACAGGACUGACCUCCCAGCAUGACAGCAUGCAUAGCAAACUGAAGAGCAGCCACAUACUGAAGGAGCAUUUGGACCGUGCCAUCGCUCUCAGAGAUGAUGACCCCAUGUGUUUCUACCUGCUGGGAAGAUGGUGCUAUGAGGUAGUCACACUUGAUUGGCUGGAGAAGAAGGCUGCCGCUGCUCUCUACCAGAACCCCCCUACUGCUACCCUGCAUGACGCCCUCGAGAACUUCCUCAAGGCAGAAGAACUCAGUCCAGGUUUCUCUAAGACAGUGAGACUUUACAUUGCAAAGUGUCAUCAGGAGCUGGGAAACAUCUCCGAGGCAACAAACUGGACGGCGCUGGCUUCCAAGAUGCCCGCUAACACCAAUGAUGAUGAAGAAACUUGCCAGCUGGAGGCUCAGCUUCGCGUCUUAACUGACAAAAAAAUAUGAACUUAUUUUCUACUGAGAUCCAUGAUGGAACCACAAAGCCGAUGCCACCAAUCGGCUAGUCAGGCCACCAAUCUCUGAUCAUCCAAUCAGAUGUGCGCUACAACUGGCACACUAAUUUUCUUUCCCUUCACUGGUGGAUAUCUUUGUCAUACUGUCACUGUGAAAUUAUAUGGAAUUUAUUGAUGUUUAUUUAUUUUUUUGCAGACUUUAAAAUGGCUCAAUGGAGCCAGUAUCACCGAGGAAUAUAUAUUGUGUUCUUUAUCUAACUUUUUUAACUGUUUGUUGUUUUCUUAACUGAUAAUCAGUCAUUAAACACAAGGAGGUUUUAGUUUUUCA